AGUUCAUUAUUUUAGAGAUAUCUGGAGAUAAUCUACAUGUGUGUCUCUGUGUAUCUAUGUGUGUGUUAGUGUGUAACUGUGUGUGUGUGUCUAUAUGUGUGUGUGUUAGUGUGUAUCUAUGUGUGUGUUAGUGUGUAUCUAUGUGUGUGUUAGUGUGUAACUGUGUGUGUGUGUGUGUGUGUGUGUAUAUCUAUGUGUGUGUGUGUUAGUGUGUAUCUCUGUGUGUGUGUUAGUGUGUAUCUAUGUGUGUGUGUCUGUGCGUGAUAAGCCGUUGCAGGACGAAGGUCUGGUUCAAAGGUCUAUCUUCAGGUGUGUGUCAGUGAUCAUGUGACGCUGACGGACUGUAAACAACCAGUGUGUCGCAGUGACAGUGUGUGUUUCUGUGUGUUUCUGUGUAUUUUUGAGUGUUUUUGUGUCGCCAUGGUUUUCUUCAGACGGACGCUGCUGCUUCGCUACCUGCUGCUGGCGGCCAUGUUGGCUCUGCUGCUCCUCGUCAGCUCCUUUUGGCUGCCUCAGGGCGGAGGCCGAGACUGUGGCACCACCUGGCAACCAUGUUUGAGUUUUUACAGCCAAAAGCCUGAGCCUCCAUUGGUUCCUCAGCAGUGGGAGGAGCCAGAGGAAGCCCCACCCCUCAUAAAGGAGUGUCCCGGACAGUCGUUUCAGGCCUGGCGUCUGCUGCUGUACCUGAAGUCCUGCAUGUCUGACGAUGACGACAUCCUGUUGGAGUCCUACCUGCAGAGCUGGGAUCAGCUGAUCAACUUCAUGGAGUCUCUCGGGUCAAUGGUGAGUUUCUUCUCUCAGAAAGUGAAAGAAAAGGUCGUGCUGAUUCGAGAGUUGUCGCUCAGACACAAAGCAGAGGCUCAUGGGAAACUGGACUCUGGAGUACAAACCCCAGCAGCGUUUGGACUGAAAGACGGGGCGUACCGUUCGCUCCGGUCCAUGGUGGAGGCGGAGCUAAAAUCGGGCGUGGUCAACUUCAGGUACCGCACCGAUUCGGGCUGCCGGACGCUGCUGCGGCUGCAUCGCUCGCUGCUCUGGCUAAAGCUGAUGCUGGAGGGUUUGGCUGACGGACCGGACGCCGAUGGACGAUACAAAACGCCUGGAGAGCUGAGCAGGGACGCCUACCAGGUGGCCUUGGCCCCCCACCACCCUUGGGUGCUCCGCCAGGCCGCCGAGUUGGUCUUCCUCGCCCUCCCUGACAGGAAAUACUUCCUGCAGCUCGUGUGCGUGCAGGAGCAGCGGGAGGCGACGCCCGUCCUGCGGGUCAUCAUCCACGCCCUCACGCUGGUCCACACCAGAACUCAGCGGAUCCUCCAAGAACAGGGCAUGCUGGAGCUGCCCUGACCCAGAACCACGCCACACAACCGGAGGCAGUCCAACUGGACGCUCUAACUGAUCUCCUACGCUGCCUUCAGAAAGGAAAUGACAAUUUUACAUUUUUCACAAAGUGUCGUUUAUUUCAGUCAUGUCAGAACAAAACUCACCAACAUCUUUGUCGAGGGGUGGGUGUUUUAUAUCUUGAUCUUCAGACUGGGAUCAGGACUGAUGAAGGCACUUUUUAACUUAUUAAACUACAGCUCAGUCCUUUGUUUACGUCCACUGUCACAAAUGUCAUGAAUCUGAAUGACGUUUUUAAUACAUGCAGCAUUUUCUUCAUUAACCGACAAACUUCUAACAUAAAUGGAGCCCUGUGGUCAUUUGAUAUGACUACAGGGUGGUCACUGUUACUCGUUUUUCAACAUGAGCUACAGAUGGAGGUCAUUAAACAUCACAGAGGUCUUUGUCA